AAAUCAAUUUAAAUCAAGUCUCUGAACUACACGUGGAGUUAACAUUUCAUUAUACUUGAGUAUAUACUACUUGCUCCUCUGUUUUAGGUUCUGCGUUCAUAAAUCUCUCUGUUUUCAGUCCAAUUAAAGAAACCGAUCAAAAUGGCAUCUGUUUCUUUCUUGAACCAAUUCCCAUGCAAGACCCUCUCAGUACCCCAAUCCAUUUCUAAGCCAGCAAAUUUCGCGCCGAAUUCAGUCAAAAUCGGCCCGAAACGAAUCGGGAAAUCAUGCAUUCGGGCUUGGGAGUUCGUCCAAGAGCGACCGAGUUUCCGGGUCCGGGCGGCGAAAGAUGACGAGUUGAGCCCGGAGAAGGAGGAGGGUCCAUCUGCGGCAGGGUCUUCGGUGGGGGCGGCGGUGGUGGAGGAGGUGGAAAAGCUGGCGGGGCCAAGCGAUGUUGAUAAGCUGAAGAAGCCGCUGGUGGACUCGUUCUGCGGGACGGAUCGGGGGCUGAAAGCGACGAGAGAGACAAGAGCGGAGAUCGUGGAGCGCAUCACGCAGCUGGAGGCGAAGAAUCCAACACCGGCGCCGACUGAGGCCUUGGCUCUGCUCAAUGGCAAAUGGAUUCUCAAGUACACAUCUUCUGAAGGAUUGUUCCCAUUGUUGUCAGGGAGUAUACUGCCCUUACUAACGGUGGAGGAAAUAUCACAGACAAUUUACUCAGAGAAUUCUACCGUCCAGAACUGUGUCACGUUUUCUGGGCCAUUGGCUACAGCUUCAGUUAAAACCAAUUCCAAGUUUGACGUUCGAAGUCCAAAGAGUAUGCAGAUCAAGUUGGAAGAAGGCAUAAUUGGGACUCCCCAAUUGAUUGACUCGAUAGAGAUACCAGAAGAUGUGGAAUUUUUGGGACAAAAGAUUGACCUCACACCCUUCAAGGGCUUGAUCAACUCUAUUCAAGAGACAGCUUCAUCCGUUGCGAAGACCAUUUCCAGCCAACCACCAGUGAAGUUCCCUAUCCCAAACAGCAAGGAUGGAUCAUGGUUGCUUACCACAUACCUUGAUGAAGAACUUCGAAUUUCAAGGGGAGAGGGUGGCAGCGUCUUCGUGCUCAUCAAGGAAGGCAGCCCCCUCCUAACGCCAUGAGCAAACUCAAAUGUUCUUAUAAUUACCAUCCUGCUUCUCAAAAUACACUAUACGUAGUAAACCUACGGUGAUAUAUGCAAUAAACUAGAUCUGUAAUUCUGUGUUUUUAGAGAUGAAACGGUGGAUCUAUAAUUUAAAUUGA